UGUACCCGGAAGUGUACGGGGAAAAUAGUUGGUGGUCCGUUACCUAAUUAAUAAAGCGUCUGUGGACAUUUUCCGGUGAUCAGACUAACACAUUUUCGCUAACAUAUUUUUACAAACAUGUGGAGUGAUCAGUAUGUAGAAGAUUUUGCUACUCCGUAUGCUGCUCCAUAUGGUGCACCAUCCUAUAACUAUGAAAAGCACACUGGGGACCCGCGUCAGGACAUGGAGUAUGAGAGACAGUUCCAGACAACACAGUCCACAUUUAUUGUUCCUGACGUUAUCAAGAACUUCCUGACUUACUUUAGGAAAUGUGUCAAGGAACAAAAUGUUUAUGGUAUUCAGGAUGCCUAUGAGAAUGGAUUUAGCAAACUAACAGAAAGAUUUUUCAAGACCAAUCCAUGGCCAGAUGCAGAAGUAGUUGCACCGAUCGUGCAACAUGAUCCUGUUUUCCUGAAUUUGUACAAGGAGCUGUACUACAGACACAUAUAUGCUAGGGUCUCUUCUGGACCCACCUUGGAUCAGCAGUUUGAGUCAUACUACAACUAUUGUAACCUGUUCAACUAUAUACUCAAUGCAGAUGAGCCAGUAGGCUUGCAGUUACCAAACCAGUGGCUGUGGGACAUUAUAGAUGAAUUCAUCUACCAGUUCCAAUCAUUCAGUAUCUAUAGAUGUAAGAUUGGCAAGAAACUGCCUGAGGAAAUUGAUGUCCUCAGAAACAACCCUAAGAUCUGGAAUGUGCACAGUGUUCUAAAUGUGCUUCACUCUCUGGUGGAGAAGUCCAACAUUAACAGACAGCUUGAAGUAUAUGCCAGUGGUGGAGAUCCAGACAGUGUAUCGGGAGAGUUUGGUCAGCAGUCACUGUAUAAGAUGUUGGGAUACUUCAGUCUGAUUGGCCUGCUCAGACUCCACUCUCUACUCGGAGACUACUACCAGGCCCUCAAAGUGCUUGAAAAUAUCGACUUCAACAAAAAGAACAUGUAUUCCCGUGUACCAGCCUGCCAGAUCACGACGUUCUACUAUGUUGGUUUUGCAUAUAUGAUGAUGCGACGAUACCAGGAUGCAAUACGUACAUUCUCUAACAUAUUACUGUACAUACAGCGGACAAAACAGAUGUUUCAGACCAGAGUACAGAUGUAUGAUCAGAUCACCAAGAUGAAUGACAAGAUGUACACCUUACUGGCAAUAUGUCUCGUACUUCAUCCAAUCAGAAUUGAUGAAAGUGUUCACUCACAGUUGCGUGAAAAAUUUGCUGAUAAAAUGCUGCGAAUGUCUAAGGCUGACCUUCAGGAAUUUGAACAGAAUUUCUCAUUUGCUUGCCCGAAAUUUCUGUCUCCAGUACCACCUAACUAUGACACUGUGCAGAUGCUGAACUUUCAUAAGGAACCAUUCAUGCUACAGUGUAAGGUCUUCAUUGAAGAAGUGGCCCAGCAGAUUCUUAUACCAACUAUAAGAAGCUACCUGAAACUGUACACAACUCUGCCUAUACAGAAGUUGGCAAUAUUUAUGGACAUGAGUGAAGAUGAGUUGAAGCAACAUUUGAUGUGUUUUAAGCACAAGAUGAAGAAUGUUGUAUGGACAAAAGGAACAAGUGGUUUGGAGGGAGAAUUUCAGUCGGCUUCAGAAGUGGAUUUCUACAUUGACAAGGAUAUGGUACAUAUAGCUGAUACAAAGGUUGCUAGGAGAUACGGUGAUUUCUUCAUCAGACAGAUUCACAAGUUUGAAGAGAUUACUAGAAGUUUGAAGAAUAUUCAGGCAUGAAAAGAACAACCAAGUGCUAAAACUAAAAUGACAGUAAAAAUGACUGAAAAAACAAUAACUCGCUCUUCAGAUGUUUAAAAUCAUGAAUUAGAAAUAAAAUUCUGAAGUUA